CGAAUCCAGACAUAGAAAUGGAAGCGGAAGCAUUAAACGGAGAGGCGACAGACUCAAGAAAGAUGGAGGUGCAAAUUGGUGGUGCAGUUACACUAGAAUGCGACGGUGGUUGUUGGGGUCAUGGAUCAGCCAUGGAUCCAGCUGGAUCAGGACUAUUAGCUCUUAAUCGUGUAGUUUAUCAAGAUGCUGGAGAAUACCGUUGUGUUGCACCCGACAGAAAACUACAAGACACUUGGAGAGCCCAAUUGCCUUAUCACAUAAAAGUUACA